GUAUGUACACUAUAGGGUAUGUCUAUGAUUGUGUAAGACGAACAUGUGUGGGUAGGAGGCGGCGCUUAUUCAUUCGAUAAUAAAGAGUCUAACAACUAAGACCUGUCUUUAUAUUUCAUUGGCUUACGAGGAAAAUAAGUGCAAUUAAAAUGUCGAUCGGGAAGAUAGGCGAGUUCGACAUCCGCGGCGGCAACUGGGAGCUGUACGUGGAGCGCCUGGAGAUGUUCUUCAAGAUCAACAAUAUUGCGGAGACGGCGCGCGUGCCCAUGUUCAUCACGGUGAUGGGGGAUGCGGCGUACGAGCUGCUGAGUGACCUGCUGAGUCCGGCCAAACCGUCAGAUACAGAUUACAAUACAAUUGUUUCAACGUUACAAAACCACUUGCAACCGAAGGUGUCAGUAAUGGCGGAGCGGUACAGGUUCCGUCAAAGAAGACAAAACGUGGGUGAAUCUAUCAAAGACUAUUUUACGGAACUAAAAAAGUUAUCGCGAAACUGUGACUUUAAAUCGAAUUUAAAUGAAAACCUACGUGAUCAACUGGUAUGUGGCUUAAAAAGUGACAUGAUAAGACAGCGUCUUUUCGUCGAAGAUAACCUAACAUUUGAUCAAGCGGUCAAGUUGGCAUGUGCAUUGGAGGCAGCGGAGCGUGAUGCGUCAGCAGUGGAGCUGUCGGCGGAAGGCGCGGGGGCGCACGCCGGCGGCGGGGUCCAGGAGGCGGGCGCCGUGCACGCGCUGGCUCCGUGGCCGCGUGGCGGAGGCAGGAGCGCGAGGGGGCCGGGGGCGCCGGGCGCGGCCCAGGCAGCUCACUGCCAGGCAUGUGGAGCGAAGAACCAUGUGUUCAAGGACUGCCGGUUCAAGAAGGCGGUGUGCAGCAAGUGUGGCAAGGAGGGCCAUUUGAGGCGCGUUUGCUCAGACUGGGCGGAGAACGCGGGGCGAACCUACAACCGCAGUAGUGGCGGUGGCUACAGCAAGGGGAAUAACAAUGGCAGAAGGGCGUUUCAUCAUCUGAAGGCUGAGGACACGUCCGACCAAGAAGAAUCAGAAAAUGACUUCUCGGAAGAAGAGAAUCUGAAUCAGCUGAGCUUAAGUGGCUACAGGCCGACAUAAGGAGUUGUUCAGCGGAGGACUGGGCAGGUUCACG